UGAGUCUCGGCAGUUCCGGCGCGCCGUGCAAGGCGGCGGCAGCGGCGGAGAAGAAAGAGGGCGGGGUCAGGCCCGGGGUGGCUGCGGAGUCGGCGGGCAGAGGGAUGGCACUCAGCCGUGGAGGCGGCGGCGGUGGCGGCGGGUAAGCGACAGGAGUGUCCGGGGCUCCCUUCCCCCCGCCGAGCGGAAGCCGCCCGCCUGCCCCCCCCACCCGGCUGACCCCUGUGCUCUUCUCUGUGUCUUUGCAGGUGAUCCCGCCCGGAGACCCCCUUGAGGAGGAGGAGGCGACAGCAGCGGCCCACCUUGCAGCUUCCCGAAGCGAGCGCCAUGAGAGCGGCUCAGGAACGGGGCCAGGAAUUCCUCCCCCCCAAGAAGCGCGACCUGCCGGUGGCUGCCAACAACGAAGAGCCGGGGCGGGCGGCUGAGUCGGGUCUGGUGGGCGGUGGCGGCAGCGAGACCUCUGUGGAAUGGUCCCGGGGCUCAGCAACAGGCAGGCAGAGCCAGGCACCUUCACGUUACACGGAGGCUGGUGGCAGCUCCGACACAGUGACCAGUCUUACCGUGGACCAGUACGGCUUAUUGUACAAAGUGGCGAUGCCCCCGGCCACCUUCUCACCCGUGGUGAAUGUCAGCCCGCUGCCUCCAGCCUUCAGUAUGACCUCGCAGCUGAUCCCGCACCCUGGUAUCCCCUACUCGCCUAUCCAUUACACUCAACUUCCUCCUGCUCCCUUGCAGUUUGUGGGAUCACACUACUCUGUACCCUAUGCCGCCGCUGUGCCUCCUGGCUUCCUGCCCAGCCACCUUCUGUCCUCUUCAGCCAGCCUUGCUGCCUCUCAUAUCCCACACUUUGUGCCCUAUGCACCUCUCCUGGCUGAAGACUCUGCUCCUUCUCCACAGGCAGCCCACAGCUUUGGCAAGACCAGUGCCUCAGUUUUGCCUUCAGGCUCUCUGCAGCCCCAUGUUGGAGGUCAGCCACUGGAUGUUACACAGGGCCGAAUUCCAGUCUAUUAUCAGAUGUCCCGUCUGCCAGCAGGCUAUUCAUCAUUUGAAGAUUCUGUUGCUGGCCCAAACACUGAGCAGUCUCUGCAGGAGAAUCAGCUAGAUCCUAAAGUCACAGCAAAUGGGGUGCAAAGGUCUGCCGUAGGGGCGAAGGAAAGUGAGGCUGAAGGGCAGUGGCCAAGGACAACGGUAGAGUGCAGCACUGAAGGUACCUUCUUGACAAGCAGUCAGAUUUUGAGAACAGAGAUCUCUGUGCCAUCUCAGCGGAGCACCCCAGAUACAGACCUGGAGGUGCAGAGGGUGGUUGGAGUGCUUGCUUCCCAGGACUACCCUGUUUGUUCUGCUCAGCAGAAGGAUGGCUUGAGCCCUCUAAACCUUUCCCAUCGUAAUCCCCCUGAGCAGAAGGCAGAGUCAAUGAGGAACCCAGUGGAACUUGUGGUGGCUGCUACUGCUGAGAAAAGCCACUUUCGGAGACUGUCGGCAAAGUCCCCUGAGGAGCAGCUCCGCCAUCGGCAAAUACUGAAAGGCAUUACAAUGGCCAAUGGUCGGCCAGUCUCAGGAUCCCUACAUCCUGGGGCUCAGGAUGGCCUGGGAGGUGCAAGUCCUGAGGGAACAGCCCAUGAGGGACUACCUGACACGGAAUGUGCCCAUUCCCAGAGCCACUUACCCUCCCACUUCAUGAAAGGAGCCAUCAUCCAGCUGGCCACAGGAGAGCUAAAGAGGGUGGAGGACCUGCAGACCCAGGACUUUGUGCGCAGUGCAGAGGUGAGUGGUGGCCUCAAGAUUGACUCCAGCACUGUGGUGGACAUCCAAGAGAGUCCCUGGCAGGGUUUCGUCACACUGCAUUUUGUGGUGGGGGAGCAGCAGAGCAAAGUGAGCAUCGAUGUGCCCCCUGAGCACCCUUUCUUUGUGUAUGGACAGGGCUGGUCCUCAUGCAGUCCAGAGAGGACGAAUCGGCUCUUCUCACUCUCCUGCCACAGGCUGCAGGUGGGAGAUGUUUGCAUCUCCAUCAGUUUACAGAGUCUGAAUGGGAGGCUUGUGCCCCAGGCAAGCCCCCAGAGUGCUACCCGAGAGAGACCUGGGCGGGGUGGGGAGAGUCUCCAGGAGCUGCAGAAAAACCCAUUGGAGAAGGGUGGGGUGGCAGUGGGCUCCCCCCAGGAAUCCACCCACCAUGAUCCUGUUUCUCUGCAUGGUUGGGCAGGCCCCAGCUUCCAAAGGUCUGGGGAGGAGCCCCGGCCACCACUCCUCCGCCCUUCAUUCAUUCCCCAGGAGGUCAAGUUGUCCAUCGAGGGCCGUUCAAAUGCAGGGAAGUGAAGCCCCAGUGGUGGGCGAACUUGUGUGCCACGCUUAACUGGGUUCCUUCCAGUUUGGCCACUGCUCAGAUGCUCGGCCCUUCCCCCAGUUGUGUGCCUAGAAUCAUUCCACUGACAGAGGCUCCUUCUCUUCACCCCCUGUAGGGGAGGUCUGAGCCUGGGUAGGGUAGAUUGGGGUCAGCCAAGGGGAGACUCUGAAGGAAGCAGUGACUGCGCUGCUUCUGUGAGGAGAGGAGCAAGGGCUCAACAUCCCCCACCACCUCACUCAAGCACUUUAUUGGACACUUGCUCACACAUAGCAGGAGGGUGCUUUUACCAGGGCAAGGGAGCAGUGAGGGAGUUUCCCAGGUUUCUUCUGCUCGGGUCCCAAGUUAAGGAUUUUUGUCUGGGCCUCCCAGCAGCCCCUCUCCAGGCACCGAGUCAAGGGAGCCUGGAUUUCUCCUCAGGGAGGUAGUAUUUGUAUGCAAUUUCCUCACAUGUGUUAGAUUGAAAGGAAAUGGUUAAUAGUCUGUUAAAUUGCAAACCUGGCAAUGUGUUGCCUCACAGCUCUGCAGCCAGGUAGAACUCGAAUCCCAUAGGUGGGAAUGGUGUAGGUGUACGUGUGAGAGGAUGUUCUAGCUCUGGCUUCUUCAGCUAUCUCCAUCCUGCUCUUAAGUCCCCACCUCCAUCUUCUAGAAAGGCUGCAUCCACUUCUGUUGCAGAUGCCUUAGAUGUUCACAGGUAAGCCAGGUCUGAAUGGCCUGGGCUGACUAAGGCUUGUCACAGUGGUGGAUGCCUCAAGUUACAGCCAGCUCCUUUGAAAAGUGCAAGGCAGUUUGUAUAUAAGAGCAUGCUAGUGCACAUACAGACACUCCUGCUUUUCCUUGGGGUGAUUAAAGCAUUUCCUAUUGAGAGUUUGGAGAGGGGACAUUCUGGCCACUGUAACCAGCUUGAAUGGCCCCCACUACAUGUGUAAGAUUUAUUUGGAUAUUAGAAAAAUGUAUUCAGGUUCUUCUGAUAAAGAUGAAAAUUGCUCUUCUGUGUGCACUGGUGACUCAAACAGAAUGAAAGAAGAUAAAACGUGCAAGUGGUUAAGUGUUUUUGAGCCGAGAAAGCUGUAGAACUGCUUGGGUUCAAGACACUGGCUGAGUACCCUCUCCUGCACUGGUGCCCACAACUCGGCAGGGGUGAGCUCUAGGGCUCUGAAUCAUAGCCGUGACUCUGCAUCAGUGCCGUCCAAGUCCCACUCCAGAAUAGCAGCCAGGAAGCUCCUCCCACUGCUCCAAAUGGGCAGUCUUGGCUUGUUUCCCUUGGAUGUUUUGUCUACAGUUGUUGCUUUUAGGCCAUUGCCUACAGGCAUUCCUGGCUCACAACGGGAACUGCUUUCCUGUCUGACCAGCCACCUCAUCCACUCCAAGCCCUCUCUAUAUGAAAGCUGGAAGACUUUGCUGUUCUCCUCUGGAAGGCCCGGCACUUUGCACUAUUCCGAGCCAGGUUUCCCCGCAAACCACCCUCUGCCUUCCUUACUUGCUCUUGGGCUCCCCUGAAUUGUGUGCUUACUAGACCAACGCUCAUUUCCAUGUAAAUGCUGGCCUUGGUUUCUCCUUUGUCCUUCAGCUCCCCUGCCGCCAGGGAGGAGAUGCCUGCUUCAUGCCAUUAGGGCAGAGUGCCCUUCUACUCCCAGGGCUUCAUGGGAGCUGGAUCACUUGCACAGCAUCACAGCAGAAGGGCCUGAUUGGCCACCUCUUUCAUUGGCACCAACUCUGCCCCUCCGUGGCUAUUGAGGGUCAGUUCCCCUCAGUUCAUCUGGACCGCCCAACACUACUGCCACCCUGGUCCAGUGCUGUUUCAGGAUAGCUUGCUGCACAGCCCUUAGGGCCCAGGACCAAGUUAGGAAUAGAGCUGCAAAAUAUGGAAGUGUCUUUGGGCACUACUCCAUCUGGGGCCGCUGGAGGGUUGGGAGAACCAGCUUCCUAGAGCAAUAAGCUAUUUCUCUCUUGUGACACUACAGCACGACCCCUUUCCAAGCCCUAGUAAAUAUUUGGGAAGGGCUCCCUAAUAUGCAAUACUGUGGGACUGGCAGCUGCACAGCUGUGUCCAUUUGGCCAUUCCAUGGGGUAGGAUGGGGGCUGCUAAAAGAGACACGUUUCAGUGUGGGUUGCCAAACUAGGGGGUGAUGAACUGGGGUCCUGCUUUUCAGAAGGGCACCAACCAGAUACCCUUUCCAGCUAAAAUGUUUCCUGUCCCUUCUUGCCAGCUGUUUCUGUAGCCCUUGCCUGCAAGAGCAAACAUCCGCUUCUAUUAAGUCCCACCUCUGCCCAGAAACACUGAGCGAUGGCCUGACCCAGUGGCUUGUUGCAGAGAAAGUUCCUUUGCUGUAUCUCAAGAUGCACUGAGGAAGAAAGCAAACGGAGUCAGCCUGCCACCCUUCAAUCCCUUGCAUAGCACCUUAGUUGGGGUGGGUCACCUUCCUGUAUGCAGCUGGCAAGGGGCGAGUGUGUAGCAGCCCUGCAACCAACACCAGUCAUCUUCGCUCCAAAACCCACUGCAUCGUAUCUCUAAAGCCUUAGGACUAGCCGAGUGCCCAGCCCCUUUUCUCCUACCUGAUCUUUAAUGAAGCAUUACCAAUCUAAGGAGGAUAAUCUAUUUUGUUGUGCUUUUUUUGUACCUGUUUUAAAUAAAUCAAUUUGUACUG